UACUCAGUGAAGCAAUGAAAGCACUUUUUGGAAUGGAAUAUGCUAAAGAAGAAUAAACAGUAGUAUAAAAACCUCAGUAGUAUAAAGGCGCGCUGUCUCUUUGCCUUUGAAAACGGAAUAAUGUUUAAGCUCUCAAUACUCUAUCUAUUACUAUUAUUUUUAUUAGCACAAAAAACAUUUACCGAAAAACCUACAACAGACCAGCCGCGUAAUGUUAAAAACACAAAAGGCCUUUUAUAUCCGCGAGAAUCUGAAACGCGGGAAGUGCGUUCUCUGGAUGGGUUGUGGAGUUUUGUUAAAUCCGAAAUAGAAAAUCCUGAGCAAGGAUUCAGAGAAUUAUGGUAUAAGCAAGAGUUACAUAAGAUUAUAGCUACAACGACUGUACCUGUACCGGCCAGUUAUAAUGAUCUUUUUGUUGAGACAACGAUGCGAGAUCAUAUAGGGACUGUGUGGUAUGAGCGUAAAUUUUUUGUUAGCCGAAAUUGGACUGUGGACAAACGAGUAUGGCUUAGAUUUGGAAGUGUGCACUAUUCGGCGAUAGUGUGGCUAAACGGCAAGGAGAUAAUACGUCAUGAAAUUGGCCAUUUACCCUUUGAAGUGGAAGCCACCAGCUUUAUCAAAUUUGGUUCUGAAAAUCGUGUCACAAUUAUGUGCGAUAAUCGUUUAUUAGUUACAACAGUGCCGCAGGGAGAACUAGUACAACAACCUAGUGAUAAAGGCAAUCGUACGGUACAAACAUAUACUUUUGAUUUUUACAACUAUGCCGGCAUACAUCGUUCUGUACAUUUAUAUACCACACCCUUGAUAUACAUUGAGGACGUAAAAAUAAUAACCGACUUGUUGACCGAAAAUCGAGGUAUAAUAAAGUAUGAGAUAUUAAUAGGAGGCCUCGAGGAUGAAAGCAAUGAUGCGUUAUUACCGGACACCGAUUCGUUGUCCUUGCACUUACAAUUACGCAAUAAAUCUGGAGAUAUUGUAGCUAAUGAAUUUUGCAAAACAAUACCGUUUAGUGGCGCUAUGCUUGUACCCGAUAUUCAUCCCUGGUGGCCGUAUUUAAUGGAUCCAGACUACGGUUAUAUGUAUACUUUGGAAAUUUAUUUACAUGCGGGUGGUAAGGAUCUAUUAGAUGUUUAUCGUUUGAAAGUAGGUAUACGCUCAUUGAAAUGGAAUAAUUCGACGCUAAUGAUAAAUGGACGUUCAAUCUAUUUAAGAGGUUUAGGCAAACAUGAAGACUCUGAUUUCAAAGGAAAAGGUUUGGAUUACGCACUGUUAACAAGAGAUUUUAAUCUGUUAAAGUGGUUAGGAGCUAAUGCGUACCGUACCUCACAUUAUCCCUAUUCCGAAGAGUCGAUGCAAAUGGCUGAUGAGCACGGAAUUAUGAUCAUUGAUGAGUGCUCAAGUGUAAAUACAGAUCAUUUCUCUGCUGAACUCCUAAUGAAUCAUAAAUCAUCCUUAGAACAAUUAAUUCAUCGCGAUCGCAAUCAUGUGAGUGUGAUAAUGUGGUCGAUAGCAAAUGAACCGCGAACAGCAAAGAAUCAAUCUGAACCGUACUUUAGAGAAAUAGUAAAUUAUGUGAAACAUUUGGAUAACACAAGACCAAUAACAGCUGCCAUAAAUGUGGACAUCACCAAAGAUAAAUUAGGUCAAUUUCUGGAUAUAAUCUGCUUUAAUCGUUACAAUGCCUGGUAUCACAAUGCGGGCCAGUUGGACAUGAUAACGAAUGUUGUUAUAGACGAAGCAUAUGCUUGGAAUAAAGUCUACAAAAAGCCGAUAAUAAUGACCGAGUACGGGGCAGAUACUUUGGAAGGUUUACAUUUCUUGCCCACAUACAUAUGGUCAGAAGAAUAUCAAGCGGCUUUAUUUAGCAAGCAUUUUAAAGCUUUUGAUUUUUUACGUUUGCAAGAUUGGUUUAUUGGGGAAUUCGUUUGGAAUUUUGCAGAUUUCAAAACCGAACAAACUUUCACACGUGUAGGAGGCAAUAAGAAGGGUGUAUUUACUCGUAGCCGUCAACCUAAGGCUGCGGCAUACGUUUUACGUCAACGUUAUUUCGCGCUAGCUUACGAAUUGGAUCGCUGUCCUAUGCCUCAUGAUGUUUUUCAGUAUGUCGUCAGUUGGCGGGACAUUAGUUUAGGUCGCAGAGAUGAACUGUAAAUAUUAAUACACAUGAAUAUCGAAAUGUGCGCACAUAUCUUGUUUUGUAUUGUUAAUAAAUAAAAAUCUUAUAAUUAGUAUUGGUUUUGAUUUC